AUGGAUAAAACAAAAGACAGGUUGCAGGAAGCAUUAAGCUUAUGCCGCGAAGGACAAGAUCUGAUAGAAGACGGAAACGUGAAGAUAAGAGACGGACAAGACAAGAUAAAUGAUGGAAACUUCAAACUCAUGCAGGGAUUUGAAAUAAUAGAUGAUGUAAUUGAAGAAUUGCAGAGCCUAUGCCCAGAUAUCAAAACAAUGAAAGCUAAGGAGAUGGUAAAAAGAUUUGCAGGUGUUGCAACUCCCUCAAGGGAGCCAAUGAAUAUCAAAAAAGAUGCAGGUGUUGCAACUCUCUACCGAGGGCAGAAAGGUAUGUUCAUUGGAGAUCUACCUCCUCAAUAUAUUAGCGGCUCAGGCCUGCAAGAUACUACGAUCAUUGCUCGCAAGAAUACUACAGAAUCUUCGAUUCCACAAGAACAGGGAAUUUCCGGAGGAAAAAAACUCCGCAAAAGAAAAAGAGAUUUUAAUACUCAAUCUGAGAAAAAGAUCAGAUCAGAAGCUGAUUAUGAUUUUGAAUACAAAAAGAUGGGAAAGAUAUUUUACGAAUUAAAAACUUCUGAAUUAAUCUUCCCAGAUCAUACGGGUUUAUACCAAGGAUUAAUGUUCUCCAGGGAUGCGAUCCAAUUUGCAGCUUCAGAACUACAACAAGCAACUUCAUCCACGGAGCCUCUGUUUGUCAAUGUUCGGUCAGCAUGUCCAGAGUAUGAAGGCAACAAAUGGCAUCCUCUGAUUUAUAUUGCUCGCAUUGGAGUCUCAACCAAGGAUUAUAAAGUUACGAUGCCUAAAGUUCAGAUCUUUAAAGACUAUCAAGAUGAGAUUUUCUCUCCCAAGGAAAUUUCGAUCAAAAGAUCUCUAGGACUCAAGGUUCUCUAUGAGCACCUAGAGAAACUUAUGAAACAAAAUAUUUGGGUUGUACAAGCGACAACUGUAGACCUGGUAUACACAAGUUGCAGGAAAGAAACCAACUUGAUCAACAAACAGCGGAUCGAGCAGAUCAGAAAACACAUUUUCCUCAAUCUUAUUGGUGGAAGUACAAGAACACACAAAGAGCUAUGCCGUGUGUUGAAACAUAACAGCUCGUGUGAAUAUUGUACAAAGGGCAAAGAAGUAAUAGCAGAAUCAGAAGACGACAAAUCAGACUACUGCAGCCUGUAG